ACUCUGCAUUUAGGCUCAAGAAGUGAAAAUAAUCGGACAGUCUGUCUGGUGGAUCGAGUAUAAAAGCUUCAGCGUCCGCUCACCUGGAGCUCAAGACGGUGAAAUCUUCUCACUGAAAGCUUCAGGUGGAUUCACUCUACACUGCAGAAUGGAGUUCCAGAUCUUUACGUUGGUGAUGUUUGUGCUGGCCUGCGUUGAGCACGCCCGGGCCGCGUCCUGCGUGGUCGACAGCUUUACCGUCAAGCAAGACUUUGACCCCCAGAGAUACGCGGGGAAGUGGUUCGCUCUGCAGAAGAAGAACCCCGAAGGUUUGUUCCUGGACGACAACAUCAUCGCUGAGUACACGGUUGGAGACGACGGGGCCAUGGUGGCCACCACCAAGGGCAGGGUCACUCUGUUUGGGUUCUGGGUCGUGUGCGCGGACAUGGCAGCUCAGUACUCGGUGCCCGACCCCGGGAACCCCGGCAAGAUGUACAUGAGCUACCAGGGACUGGCCAGUUAUCUGUCCAGCGGCGAUGACAACUACUGGGUCAUUGACACGGACUACGACAACUACGCCAUCACCUACGCUUGCCGGAAGAUGAAGGAGGAUGGAAGUUGUGAGGACGGUUACGCGCUCGUCUUUUCCCGAAACCCCCGCGGCUUCACCCCCGCCAUCCAGAGAGUCGUCCGCCAGAAACAGGAGAUGAUCUGCAUGGUCGGACAGUUCCAGCCCGUGCUGCAGUCCGGAGCCUGCUGAUCUGAUCUGCUUUUAAGGCCGUGCUUCGUUAACCCGGAUCAAUCAUCAUGCCUAAAAUUGAGAUUCCCUUUUCUCUGGGAAUUAAAAAUGUGCUAUUUUUAUACAUCACAGAGAAUAAAUCAGAUUAAUUCAACAAAAGACCUCAUGUAAAACUGUGACACAAUGAAUUCAAUGGCGAGUCCACUGAAAACUGUUACUGGUUGGAUGAACGUGAUGAUAUAUAUCUGCACUGUAUCAGUCUGUGGUGGUGGCAAUAAAAGUUGUCAAAAAAAACCUAA